AUGGACCUAUGCGGGACGCAUAAGUCAUUUCAAUUUUAUUAUUGCAGUAUCCGAGAUUGGACUGAAAGCCGAGAUAUCAUUGAUGAAAAAUGUGUUAAUAAAUACAAGCUCUGCGAAUGCCCUGAAGUUAUGUGGAAUCGGAUUCAAAAACGUUAUUUCAGUCAGUCAGUGACACACAGCCCCGAAGCAGUGACUAAGAAGGAGUGUCAGACUCUCAAGAUCAACUGUAUUUUUAAAAGUGGUUAUUCUUAUCAUUAUUUUGAGAGUGGAGAAUUCUUUAAACAAACGGGGGCAGCGACGAAAUGGGAGCGGAUGUCUAGUGGCGGGAGAUUUUUUGUGUCCACAGAUAAAACCCAACAGACAUUUUCGUUGGAAAUUCGGGAUGUCAGAGUUGAAGACACCGCCACCUAUUACUGUAAAGCUCAUUACUGGAAAGUCACACACAGUGAUGGGGAUGUAGAUGGAUCCGGAACGUCGGUGACUGUCACAGCUGGUUUCGGUUCCCUGGUGUCCCGGAGUCCACCACUCCAAACUUCUGCUGCUGGUGACACCGUUACAUUAAGCUGUGGAUACUCAGGGAUCUGUCAGUACACAGUUUAUUGGUACUGUCAGUCCCCAGGCCAACCUCCGAAAUAUAUGCUUCAAAGACACACCUCAGAAGAGCAGAAUAAAGAAAAUGUUGCAGGCGGACGAAUUUCUGCUUCUCUUGAUGCUACGGCGAAAAUCAGUUGGUUAAUGAUCUCGCAAACACAACUAAGUGACUCCGCUGUGUAUUACUGUGCACUGAGUCGGCUCUCAACCCGCACCUUGAUACACAGUACGGAGAGAGCUGCACAAAAACCUGAACGUGCUGGGAAUUACAAGCAGAGUGCCACAGAUCACUGA